UACAUUUUCCUUUCAAUAUGGGUCAAAUCUACAAAAUCGAUGCUUUUGCUAUUGUAGCUUUAAUUUGCUGCAUCUACACUGUUCCAACGGUAGGAUUCAAUUAUAUCGAAAAUAUGGUCCUGUCUUAUGACAACGAUACACAAAUAUGGCAAUGUGACUUAAUGACAUGCUCUAAGGGUAUGUUUGGCUGCAAUAUUCAACUUCAUAACACCUACAGUAAUUCCUCGAAAUAUAUCCAACAUAUCACAACUUGCUACGAUAGUAAUUUCAAUAUUUAUGCAUCCGCAUCAAGAUUAACGCCAACCGAUGGAAAUGAAACUGUUUCGAUAAAUAUAUAUUCGUACUUGGGAUGUUAUACGGUAGCGAGCACAGGUUAUUCUAGAAGUAGUCAAACAAUAAAUGGUACAGUUAGUGUACAGGACUGGCCAAUGUUCCAAAAUAUCACACAACAAAUGGUUGAUGAUAUUGAAAAUCAACCAUGGUAUCUUGAAUAAUCAUUUUUUUACUAAUCGGUUUUACUGAUUUUUUAAAUAAAAAUAAAAAACAUUUA